AUGGAGGCAUCGCGGGGACCGCCCAAGGUCAAGAACAAGGCCGCCGCGCCAGUUCAAAUCUCCGCGGAGCAACUGCUUCGCGAAGCGGUUGACCGUCAAGAAGUUGCGCUGCAAGCGCCGACUCAACGCUUUGCCGAUUUGGAGGAGCUCCAUGAGUUCCAAGGCAGAAAACGAAGAGAGUUUGAGGAUUACGUCCGGCGCAACAGAGUGAACCUUAACAACUGGAUGCGAUAUGCGCAAUGGGAGCUGGAACAAAAGGAGUUCGCGCGCGCUCGAUCAGUCUUUGAGCGCGCGCUCGAUGUGCAUCCCAACGAAAUCCGCCUUUGGAUCAGGUACAUUGAGUCAGAGAUGAAGUGCAGAAACAUCAACCAUGCGCGAAACCUCCUCGACAGAGCCGUCACGCGGCUACCCCGUGUUGAUAAGCUCUGGUACAAAUACGUGUACAUGGAGGAGAUGCUUGGCAACGUUCCAGGGACUCGCCAGGUUUUCGACCGUUGGAUGCAGUGGCAGCCCGAUGAAGCCGCAUGGAGUGCCUACAUUAAACUGGAAAAGCGGUAUGGUGAGUACGACCGAGCCAGGGACAUCUUCAGGGCCUUCACCCUUGUCCAUCCGGAACCCAGAAACUGGAUCAAAUGGGCACGCUUCGAGGAGGAGUUUGGUACUAGCGACAUGGUUCGUGACGUAUUUGGAACUGCCAUUGAAGAGCUGGGCGACGAAUUCGUGGAUGAGAAACUCUUCAUUGCCUAUGCAAGAUACGAAGCGAAGUUGAAGGAGUACGAGAGAGCCAGGGCAAUCUACAAGUACGCCCUGGACCGUUUACCUCGAUCCCGAUCCAUGGCUCUCCACAAGGCCUACACGACCUUUGAGAAGCAGUUUGGAGACAAGGACGGCGUUGAAGAUGUUGUGCUUUCGAAGCGACGCGUGUUUUACGAAGCCCAGGUCAAGGAGAACCCGAAGAACUACGAUACUUGGUUCGACUACACACGUCUCGAGGAAACUGCUGGUGACAUCGACAGAGUCCGAGAUGUAUACGAGAGGGCGGUUGCCCAGGUACCGCCAGCGCAGGAGAAGAGGUUCUGGAGGCGCUAUAUUUACCUCUGGAUCAACUACGCCAUUUUCGAGGAGCUACAGGCAAAGGAUGUCGAGCGCGCGCGGCAAAUCUACAGGGUGUGCUUGGAUCUGAUACCGCACAAGAAGUUCACGUUCGCCAAGAUCUGGCUGCUGAAGGCGCACUUCGAGAUCCGGCAAGGCGAGCUCACCGCGGCUCGCAAGACUUUGGGUCAAGCUAUCGGCAUGUGCCCCAAAGACAAGCUGUUCAGGGGUUACAUCGAGUUGGAGCUGAAGCUCUUUGAGUUCCUGCGGUGCCGGACACUGUACGAGAAGCACAUUGAGUGGAACCCGUCCAACUGUCAGACCUGGAUCAAGUUCGCCGAGCUCGAGCGCGGUCUCGAUGACCUGGAGCGUACCAGAGCCAUCUUCGAGCUGGCUGUGAGCCAACCGAUUCUGGAUAUGCCCGAACUAUUGUGGAAGGCGUAUAUCGAUUUCGAGGAAGAGGAGGGAGAGUACGAAAGGACAAGAGAGCUCUACGAGCGCCUCCUCGAGAAGACGGACCACGUCAAGGUGUGGAUCAGCUUCGCGCACUUCGAGCUCAACAUACCCGAGGACGAGGAGGAGGCGGAGGAAGAGGCGCCGAUCAGCAACGAGGCCAAGGCGCGGGCGCGCAAGGUGUUCGAGCGCGCACACAAGAGCAUGCGCGACAAGGAUCUCAAGGAGGAGGCUGUCACGCUGCUCAACGCCUGGUUGUCGUUCGAGAGAACCCACGGCGCCGACGACGACGUGGAGAAGGUGCAAAAGUUGAUGCCGCGCAAGACGAAGCGCAGAAGGCGCCUCGACGACGACAGCUUCGAGGAGUACAUCGACUACGUCUUCCCGGCCGACGACAAACAGACCCAGAACCUGUCCAAUCUGUUGGCGAUGGCACAGGCGUGGAAGCAGCAGGGUGGAGACGCCGCGGCAUAA